UGUAUGUGCAUAAUGUGUUAUGUGUAUUUAGACUGGUUGAACCAUAAAAAUAAUAUAUAAAUUUAUUAAAAAAAUAAUUAACAUACGUACUCAGGGUAUGGCCCAUUUUUGCAAUAAAAUAUAAGAAGAAAAAAUAGUAUAAAAACAUAAUAGUUAUUAUUUUAUUUGUAUAUAUAUUUUCGUCAACAAAGUUUAUAGAUUUUUGCAAAAAAUUUGUGUUCGCGAGAAAGGGUCAUUUGAUAGAACAGUCAUAAUCACAGACAAUAAAUAUGAUGGUCGAUUAUUUAAUUAAAUUAAAAAUAAUAAAUUUUUAACUGUGAUGAUAUAUUAAUUUUAUAUUUUUUCAAAUUAUUUAAUAAUGAGUUUACUCAUUUUUAUCAUAAUAAAAUAAUAAUCAUGAUAUUAUUUAUGCGGAUUUUUUUAAUGGAUUCUAAAUGGUGAUUGCUUGUCAGUGUAAUUUGGGUGGAAGAAAAGCCAAAUAUUAUGUACUAUGAAUGUUUUAAGAACAAUAAUUAUACUGAUGACGAUGAUGAUUUAUUUGGGGUUAAUACUUUCAAUAAUCAAAAGUUAAUAUUAUUAUUUUUAUUGAAUUAAAAAUAAUUUUGAUAAAAAAAAAAAAAAAGAAAUAUAUCUUCAGCACAAUUAAUAAUAACAGGAAUAAAAAAAAAAAAGAAAAAUAUCAGGAUAAUCAAAAUGGACAAUUUAGUCAAUAAGGGUCCACCACAAAAAAAACGUACUGAAAAUAUAAUACGUAAUUUUAUGUAUCGUGAUGUUGGUAUUGGUACAGCAAUAAAUGCAAGUACAAAAGAAUUUGAAUCAAUUGCUGAAACAAAUUUAGUACUUAAAGAUCAUAAAGAAUUAAAAUGUUGUUUACCUGGUACUCCAAAAGCAACAUUUUUAUUAGUAUUUAGUCCAGAUGGAAAAAAAGUUGCAUCAACACAUGGAAAUCAUAAUGUAUGUAUAACUGAUUUAACAAGUGGUAAAAAUAUACGUACAUUAACUGGACAUCCACGUACACCAUGGUGUAUUGCAUUUCAUCCAACAUCAGAUAUAUUAGCAACUGGUUGUCUUGGUGGACAAGUACGUGUAUGGGAUUUAAGUGGUGGUAGUGAAGUAUGGAAUACAGAGGGUCAAACAGUUAUAGCAUCACUUGCAUUUCAUCCAACAGAACGUUUACUUGUUAUUGCAACAUAUAAUGAAAUACAUUUUUGGGAUUGGAAUGAAACAGAGCCAUUUGCUGUUGCAACAACACGUACAGAAAAAGAAAAAGUACGUUUUGUUGCAUUUGAUAAUUUUGGAAGAAAAUUAAUAACUGGUAUUGCUAAUUCAAAUCAUCAUUCACAAUGGGAUCGUCCACCAAUUAAUGAACAAACAAAUCGUACAUUAUUACGUCCAAAUCGUAGAUCAUUAAGUGAUAGAGCAUCAUUUGAUACACAAGCACGUAUGCAUUUAUGGAAUGAUGGUUCACGUUGGUGGGAAGAAAAUAAUACUGAUGGUUUAACAUCACGUACAACAUCUGAAUUACGUUCACAAUAUCGUCAUACAUUUAGAACAGCAUUAACAGCUAAUGGACAAAAUUUAUCAACAAUGAGUGGUUCUGGAACAACUGCAUCAUCAACUAUUGGACAACAACAGCAACAACAACAACAACAAUCAUCAUCAUCAUCAUCGUCUUCAUCAUCUUCAUCACGUACAAAUGAACAACAACAUCAAAACCAACAGCAACAACAACAAUCACAACAACAAAAUUCAAUUAAUGAUGAUGAUGAUGAAAGAGAUCGUUCACGUAAUCGUUUUCGUGAUUUAUUAAUGGGUUUACAAGCACGUUUAGGCAUAUCACCAGCAAGUUUUGGACAAGAUAAUAAUUCAGAUAAUAAUGAUACAAAUACUGUUGAACAGAGUCAAGCACCGUCAUCAAUAUCCCAAGAUAAUCUUACAAUUCAAGUACGACAAAAUAAUAAUAUAUCAAAUCAAGAUACAACAUCACGUCAAUUAAUUAAUCGUAAUACAUCAAGAAUUGACACAAUAUUAAAUGCUAUUGAUCGUAAUCGUUGGGCAUCAUCAUCAUCGUCAUCGUCAUCGUCAUCAUCAUCAUCUUCUUCAUCACCACCAGAACUAAGUGUUUUUACUUAUAUUCCAUCAUCAUCACCAUCAGCAUCAGCAGCAUCAUCAUCAUCAUCAUCACAAAGACCACCAGUAUUUACUCCACCACCACCUCCACCUCCUCCACCUCCUCCACCACCACCACCGCCACCUCCACCUCCAGCACCAGUGUCAACAAUAAAUACUACUGAACCAGUUGAAGAUGAUACAAAUGAUAAUAAUGGUGAAUUUCAAUUUGAUUUAUCAUGGCUUGAUCUUGAUCGUAAUGCAAGUUAUCGUAAUUUAAUCAUACAGUAUGAUACACUUGUACGACGUUAUUUUAAUAUAUCACGACAUCGUCGUAACAAUAAUAAUACUAAUAAUAAUGAUGAUGAUAAUACAACAAACGAGAAUUCAAGUCAAUUAAAUCUUCCAGCAGCAUUGUGUACUGCUACUGAAAGAAUAAUAAAUAGAUUGAGAUAUGUUUUAGUUGCAAAUGCCCAAGUUAAUAAUACAAGUUUAAAUAGAAUAUUAUAUAAUUUAAUGAUAAAUAGACAAAGAAAUGAAAUUGGUUCAUUAUCACAUAUGCGACAAGCAUUAACAGCAACAUCAUUAAAUAUACGUACAUGUUUAUCACGUUUACGUAAAUUACGAAGACAAUUACGUGAACAUAUAGCAAUAUUAAAUUCACAAUUAAUUGAUAGAAGUUCACGUACAUAUACAUUUAGAAAUGCACUUAGAGUUGAAAUUGAUUCACUUGAAAGUUUUGAAUCACAAUUUCGUCUUGGUUUAUCAAUGAUACAAAGAAUGAAACGUUUAUUUGAACGUAAUAAUACAUUUAAUAGACGUAAUUUUAAUGUUACAACAAAUUCAACAACAAAUCGUGAUGGUUCAAUUGAUUUAGAAGAAAUUAAUCGUAUUAUGGCUAUUAGCAGUAAUUCACCAGAUUUUGUUAAUAAUACAAAUGAUAAUAUAACAACAACAACAACAACGCCAACAGCAACAACGUCAUCAAUAAACAGUAUACAAUAUCCAAGUACAUCAUCAGGUACAAGUACAAGACGUUUAUCAAAUGACAAUGAUGGAGAUAAUGAUAAUGUUACAUUGAGAAAACGUAGAAGAAUAAAUGAUGAUAGUAAUUCAAGUGUUGGUUAUUAUGAUGUGUUAAAUGAUUUAUCUCAUGCUAAUUCUGAAUCAUUAAAUGAUGCGCAAACAUCAACAACAACAACAACCCCAACUCCAACAUCACAAACAGCAGGUGCGUCAUCAUCAUCAUCACCACCUGGAUCAUCAAAUUUUAUUGUAUCAUCACGAUCAGCAUUUCAGCCAACAACAACACCGCGAGCAUCAACAUCUGGAAUAAAUAUUAAUAAUCAAAUUAAUGAUACAUCAACUGAUAAUUUUCAUGCAAUAAUAACACCAGAAAAUCGUGCUGAAAGAACAAAUGAAAUAUUACAACCAGUAUUAUGGCAAAUGACACGUACACUUGAUACAUUAAUUAAUUCAUGUGCAAAUACAAAUGAAUCUUCAUCAUCAUCAUCAUCAUCAUCAUCUGAUGGUGAAACACUACCAUUGAAUGAAGAUGAAAGAAAUGUUACAAAAGUUAAUACACAUAAUAAUAAUAACAAUGAAAGUGAUGAUGAUAACGAUGAUGAUGAUGAUGAUGAUGAUGAAGGUGACAAUAACGAUAAUGUUGUUAAUCUAGUUGAUAGAAUAAGAAAUAUUGAUAGUUUACCUGAAGAUCAUGAUUAUGAUGAGGAUGAAGAUGAUGAUGAAGAGGAGGAGCAAGAAGAGGAUGAAAAUGCAGAAGAAGAUGACACUGAUGAAAAUAAUGACAGUGUUCUUGUUAAUGUAGCAGAAUAUGAUGAAGAAAGAUUUCAAGUUAGGCCAAAUAUGAAUAGAUUAACACUUGGUGGUGAAAUGGAACUUGAUGAUGAUGAAGCUGAAACAGAAGCUGAUAUUGGAGAAGUUGAAAUUGGUGAUGAUUCUGAUGAUGCUGAUAAUAAUAUACCAAAUAAUGAUAAUAAUUUACCAAGUACAAGUCAUUCAUCAUCUGAUAAUCGUCGUGAUAUUGAUGAUGAUGAAGAUGAUGAUGACGACGAUGAUGAAGAUAAUGAUAAUAAUGAUGAUAAUAUUGCUGAACAAUCAGAAAAUGGUUAUUGGUUACUUGAAGAAAAUAGUCAUUCAGAUUCAAAUCAUGAUGAUGAACAUGAUGACAAUGAUAAUACACGUAGAUGGACUAGUCGUUGGAUACGUAUUGAACCAACAAAUCGUACAUAUGAAAAUAAUGAAAUGCAAACAAUAUCAACAAGAAUUGAUUCACGUAAUUCACGUAAUGAUACAAAUGUUAAUAUAAAUAAUGAUGAUAAUCAAAAUCGUGCAUUAUUAGCACCAGUAUCAUCUAAUGCAAGUCGUUAUGAACAACCACCAUUAUUUCCAUUUAGAAGUCUUCGUGAAACACAAAAAAUAACAACUCGUCAAAAUAAUAAUAAUAAUAGUAAUCAACAAUCACUCGCAUCAACUUCUAGUAAUAAUUUAACUUCAAGUAAUCAUCCAAUAACAACAAAUUUAAAUAAUAUUCAAGUCGAAACACCAGUUUCAACAACAAUAUCAUCAAUACCAUUACCAGAAACAUCAACAACAACAACAACAACAGCAACAGAACAAAUACCAAAUUCUGCUGAUGGUGAAUUAAAUUUUAGUGAACCACAAACCUCACAAUUAUCACAAAAUAAUAACGACAAUGUAACAAGUGAACAAAUAACAUUAUUAAAAAAUUUAUUAAAAGAUAUACAAUCAUAUCGUACAUUACGUGGUAAAUGGGAUUUAUUAUUAUGUAGAUUACGUACAUUACACAUGACAACACCAACAAAUGAUGAACAAUUAAAUAAUGAACCAUCAACAUCACGUGGUUUUCAUAACAAUGAAUUAACAACAGAUAUUAAUUUACCAUCAACAUCAAGAGAAACAACAUCAAUUUUAACAAAUAUAUUUACACAAGAUGAAAGAGAUGUAUUAUCAGCAUUAUCAAAUAUGAUACCACGUGAAUCAAGCCAUGAAGAUAGAUUUUUUUAUAAAUUUUUAUUACAUGGAUUAUUAGUUGAAAAUAAUUUAUUAAAAGAAACUGAAGAAAGAGAGCAAUCACCAACAUCAAAUAGUGAUCAUACAUAUUCAAGUUUAACAACAAUAACAUCAUCAACAUCAGCUAUUGAUAAUUCAUUGCAAAAUACAACAUCAACAUCAUCAAAUACCAGUAACAACAAUAAUAACAAUAAUAAAUUUGGUAAAAUAUUAACAUUUUCAUCAAAAAUAAUGACAAAAUGGAAUUUUAAUCUUCAAAGAAUGCCAUUACCAAGAUUACAAGAAAAUCGAUUGAAUACAGAUGAAAAUACAAAUGAUGAUAAUAAUACAGAGCCAUCAACAUGUAUUGAAUUGUUAUAUCGUAGAACAGAAUUACAUAAUAGACCACAAACAAAUUCUGAUAUUGGAAUGAAUAAAUAUUUAGAAAUAUUAAAUCGUGUUAAAGAACGCAAGCCACUAAGUAAUAAUACAAAUUCAACAACAAACCAAAAUUUCAUUGAAGAUUUAAUACUUCCAAUUUGGCAAUUAUAUGAAUCAUUACAAAGUCAAUACAAUACAAUGCCAAAUGACGGUCGUAUUAUUUCACGUACUGAAAGAAUAAAUAAUGAUAAUAAUAAUUUAAUAAAUGAUGAUCCAGUUGAAAGUAGAAGAAUAAUUCAUCAUAUGACAAGAGAUGUUUUAGAAGAAAUAUAUUAUCAUACUGUUGCACCACAUCCAUAUGAUGGUACAUUUGAAAGAAUAUGUUUUAUGUUUGUUCUUUGUCGUGAAGCAUUAGAAUUAAUUGAUUUAUUAACAGCACAAACAUUAAUAAUGUUUUAUGAUAUACGUACAACAACAAAUGUUGAUUGGUCAAAUUUAAUGAUAAGAGAUAAUACAACAACAACAACAUCAUCAUCAUCAAAUACAUCUGUAUAUUUAUCAAAUCCAUCAACAUCAACUGGUAGAAGAUCUCAUCAUCAUCAUCAUCAUCAUCAUCAUCACCAUCAUCAUCAUCGUCCUUCAUCAUCAAAUACAAAUAUGUCAACAUUUGCACUUGCAUCAGAGUUUAAAAAUAUUAUUGAAGGUAUACAAAAUAGUUUAAAUACAAUUGUUGCUGGUGAACAAAGACUACGUACAAGAUUACGUAAUUCACAAUUAUCAACUGCUAAUAAUAAUACUAAUAAUACUAAUAAUAAUAGUAAUAAUAGUAGUAGUACACAAGAACCAAAUAGACGUAAUAGAUCAAUAAGAACAAGAUCAACAAGAAUACCAUCAUUACGUCCAAUGUUAACAGCACGUAUUAUGGAAACAUUAGAUCGUUUGAGACGACCAAUAAGAUCACAAAAUAAUACAAAUAAUACAUCAACACCAGUACCAACAACAGCAUCAUCAUCAGCACCAACAUCAGCAUCAUUAACAUCACGUUACAGUAUGACAUAUCCAUUAAUGAGAGGACCAAUGUCAUCACGUCGUGGACGUUUUGGUUUUUGGUCACCACGUAGAGAUCGUCGUGAAUUUACAGAUUUAACAUCAUUAUCAAUGACAAGACGUAAUAAUAAUAAUGACAGAAUUAAUAUUCGUAAUAAUACAAAUCGUCAACGAUUUAAUGUACCAGUUGUACAAGUUAAUAAUGUACCAGUUAAUGAUUUUAAUAAUUCAACAAUAACAAAUACAAGAAAUAAUAGAAUAAAUACAUCAACAUCACGUAAUACACUUCCUCAAACAAUGCCACCAGAAAUUUGGACUGUUCCACGUGGUACAAAUCAACCAAGUACAUCAAAUAACCGUAUUAAUCAAUCAGAAUCAUCGUCAUCAUCAUCACAACCACAACCACGAGAACAAGAGCAAGAACAACGACCACCACCACAACAACAACAACAACAAUCAGAACCACAACAACAACAACGACAACAUAUACAUCUAGAAGGUCAUCCAGUAUCAUCAUCAAUAUUUUCAACACUUGUAGCAAAUCGUCCAAGAACUGGACCAUAUUGGAUGACACAAAUAAGUUGGGGCAGUUAUUUACAACCAAGAUCAUCACUUAAUUUAACAUCAAGUGGUUCUGUCAGACAAAUUCCUUAUCCACCUCCUUCUAAUAAUAUGGCUGGAUCUGGUGGUGAUAGUGGCGGUAAUCGUGGUAAUAGUGGUGGUGGUGGUGGUGGUAAUACUGGUACUUCACGUCAGCCAAUUAAUGUUGGUGUUGGUAAUAUUGGUUCAGAUCCAGCAAAUGAUGAUAGUGAUGAUAUUGAAAGUAGAGAACAAGUACCAGUCAUGUCAUUUAAUGGAUUAGAAGUACAAAGCUAUCGUGUUCAAGCAUGGGAUUUUACUGAUGCUGAAAUACCUGAUAUUACUGAUCCUGAAAAAAAUGUUGUUGUGCGUGAAUGUAAAAUUCAUAAUGAUGCAAGUAUUGGAAUAUCAUCAGACGGCAGAUAUGUUGCAACUUUAUUACCAUCUGGACGUAUUAAUGUUUCAACAACAUUAGGUGUUCAUAGUCUUCAAUGGGAAACACUUGGUAAACGUAUAUACUCAACAAAAGUUGAUCAACAAGUUGUAUCAUUAUCAAUAUCACCAACUCAUCAACAUCUUGUUGCUGGUCUUGGUUCACGUAGAUCACAUCCACCAGUAAGACCAUUUUCAGUUGCAUUAAUAUAUAAAUUUAUUGAUAAUCCAAUUGAUGAAGAUACUGAUAAAGACACAAAUAAUUCAGAAUCACGUUCUUAUUAUAAUAUAAGUGAUCCAAUUGAUCGUAGAUACAAUGAAUUUUUAUAUAGUUUUGAUAGUUAUUUAACAAAUUAUAUUGGUAGUCCAAGAUCAAAUCGUACAUCAAGAAAUGAUGAUAUUAAAGAUAAUAAAAAAACAAUGGUAUUACUUAGAGAAUUACAACAGUCAGUACCAGAAACAUCUGGUAAUUUUACUGUUAAUUGUAUUAGAUGGGCACCACAACCAGGUCAAGGUAUUGUUUAUGCAACAAAUACCGGUCUUCUUAAUAUUCUACAUUGAAUAAUCAUCAAUUAUAAUAUAAUAUAAUCAAAAAAGCAUUUAUUGUUUAUUUUUAUCAUUUUUUUUUUCUCUAAAUAUAAUAUUAUAAAAUAAAUAAUAACAAUAAUAAUAUAUUAAUCAUCGUAACUGAAGUAUUGAAUAAUUAUAUAAUAUAUGUAAUUUUUUUUUUUUCUUUUUAAUUUUAUGAAUUUUAAAUUAAUAUCAAAAAUGAAAUAUAAUAAUGACAUUUGUGUUUAUUAUAUUAUUAUUUUUAAUCAUGUAAAAUAACAAUGAUAUUGUUGGUAUCAUUAUUUUAUUUAUUAUUGUUUUUUUGUUUUUUUAUUUUUUAUUUUAAAUGAUUUUAUUAAUAUAAUAAUAAUUUUUCCUUCAUGUGAUAAUGAUAUAAAUAUAAUCUGUGUUGACUUUUCUUGUCUGUGUUUUAUUUUCAAUAAUAAAUUAUAAUUCA